AUGAUCCAUAAUUUCCAGACAUUAAUAGAUGCACUCCGGUCAGCGGAGCCCAUACAACUCGAGUUGGAUAGAAACUUGCAAGUGCUCCUACCCUCACAAGCGGCUGCUAAAGUGCAACUACCUUCAUCUUUUUACGCACUUUCUCCGGAGGAAAUCAAAAGAGAACAACAGUUAAGGACAGAGGCGAUUGAAAGAUCUCAAAUGUUGCGCACAAAAGCGAUGCGUGAAAAGGACGAAUUGAGAGAAAUGAAGAAAUAUAAGUUUGCCAUAAUUCGGAUACGGUUUCCGGACGGAAUAUUAUUGCAGGGCACAUUUUCCGUGUACGAGCGGUUUAUGGAAAUCCAAGAGUUUGUACAAGAAAACUUGGAGCACAGCGGUUUGCCGUUCGUCCUAAAUACGCCAACAGGACACAAGCUUAUCCUAGACGAGGAUGCGAAUAAGACCCUUAUAGACCUUCGAUUAGUACCAGCCACAGUAUUGAAUUUCGCCUGGCACUCAUCUGUCAUUGAAGAAAUCAAUAAAAGCCCCAAUAAGGAUAUGUAUUUGAAGCCAGACGUCAUGGUUUUAGUUCGAGAGGUGUGA